AUGAAAUACGGCCAUCUACCAGGCGGGCCUCCACAAAGGCAAAGAGGCUCUCCAGCAAGAAUAGUAGCUGGCCACAUCGUCUCCCAAUUUCUUCGACCAGGCAGGGUUCGAAGCAGACUCCUACUCCUCUCACUUGCGCUCUUUGGAAGUCUUUUUAUCCUCUAUGGACGACGACAUUCUACUGAGCUCCACUUCACAGCCGCAACACUCACCACCUACAUCCCCACCGGCAUCACCUCCACCGUUGCCACACAGAACGAACCUGGAACCGAAAGUGAACCCGAAUAUGAAAUCCAAGAUACCCGAUGGGACGAUACCAAGAACGGAAGUGAUUCCAAUCACAUCGUAUUCAAGAAACCGACAUUCCACCUUGUGAUCCCAGCAUAUAAGCCUUCAGCUCCACUUUGCAGAGCUCUCCUCUCAGCUGCGAUUUUGGAUUUCCCGCCGCCGACGUUGAUUGGGUAUGGUGGUAAGCCGAAUAAAGAAAGACUGAGUUUGGAUGGCGUCAAAAGUACUUUUGGCUUUUUGACUGGGAAGGACGUGAGAGCCGAUGAUUUGGUGCUUAUUGUGAGCGAAGAUACAAUAUUCCAGCUUCCUGCUCCCAUCACACUCUCCCGGUUCUUCUCCAACCUCCACUCCGCCUCCACCACUCUCCUCAAGCAAUACGGCCGUCUCCCAAACACGGACGACUCCACCUCCAAUAAACCUCAAAAUCAACCACCUCAGAGAUACACACCCAAGCUCCUCUUCAGCGCCAGCAAAUCCUGCUUCCACGCCUCAGACUCUCAAGCCUGUCUUUCAGUCCCAGACUCACCCCUCCCACACCCACUUUCCACCCCCAACGCCAAACCCCAAACAAGUGAAGGAAUCAACACCUCAGCAACCACUCACCCCCCUCAUUUCCUAGGGUCAGGCCUACACAUCGGCCGCGCAUCCUCUCUCAUCCCACUUUACAAGCGCGCAACCGAACUCCUCGAGAUCUCAGACCUCGUUAAGAACGGCGUGAAUACACAACAUGUCUUUCAGCAACUCUUCGGCGAGCAGGAAUACGCUCGUUCUUUGGUCCUAGAAGAAGAGAAGAAGCAGCGGCCAACGUGGAAGAACUGGCUUUCUUCGAUUUUCUCGAAACAAAGUUCUGAGGGUGAAUUAAAGCCGGAGAUCACACCAAACGAUGAAGGGAAGGAAGGCCAAAAUGCAGAUGGUGAGAAAGAGUUUGGCAUCACACUCGACUAUAGCAGUUCUGUGUUUCAGGAUCCAGAGGAUAGUAUCCAGGAUCUACAAUUCGUUGUUUUUGAUGACCAGAAAGGGGGGUCAAAGAAUGGUGCCCCAUCAAGGAUAGAGGGUAAAGCUAAGACGUGGAAGAUUAAACGGCCCAUACGCCUCCCUAACGACCUCUCAAAAUCACCAGGUCCAUUCGAAGAUAUGGACUUAUCCAGUAUCAAGUCAACCCCAUACUCAAAAGAAGGAACCCACACGGACUCUACCUCCUGGUCUGAAAUCCCACUCCUAACAAACACCCUAAUCCCAGCCUCCUCCAUUCCCGCAAUCCUCAGUCUCAAUCUCCCCAACACCAAAGACCCCGUCACCCAAAAUGACCUAUGGACCAGUCUCUGGUUCCACAACUCCUCUCGCCGCCUCUUAACCCAACACGUCCAACUCCUCACCGCAAACCCCAACCCCGAACCUCUUUUUAUCACCGCCUCCUCAUCUUCAGAUUCCAAAGGUAAAGGAACAGGAAAAGGUGGUAGCGGAGACACAGCUAGUGAUAUCACGCACUAUCUUGAUAUCAGGCCUGGGAAAUCGCCACUGGGUGCUUGGACUGACAAGGGGGAGUGGGUCGGGUGGAAGGAUCUUUGUGGGGGGUUUGGUGGGGAGGUAUUUAGUGAUGGGGCGGGGGAGUUUGGGGUUGAUGUUGGUGAUGAUGAUUAUAGAGGGAAGGAAGAGGAGGCUGGAAAAGGAGGGAAGGGAGGAUGGGUAGGCCAUGGUGAGGGGGAGGGGUUUGUGAAAGGGCUUUGGGGGAUGGUUGUUGGUGAUUAUAAUGAGGAGAAGGGGGCCGAGAAGGAGAAGGAUGAAAGUUCUGGGAAAGAGAAGAGUGAGGGGCAAGAGGUGGGAGGCUUAGAGCAGGGUGUUGUGGUCGUGAAUGGAGUUGAGAAGUUCAAGGACACGAGUGGAGAUGGAGAUGGGAGCGAACGCCAUGAUAAGAAUGAAGGGAAGCAAGGAACUGAAGACGGGAAUAGCAAGGAAGAACAAGGGAAGCUCGAAAGCCAGGACGGCGCGAAGAAGGAGGAUCAGAAGGAGGAGCCUAAGACUGAUAACAGCACAAAAGAAGGAAAGAACGGUAGCGACGCUCAGAAAGCUGAGGUCGAGGAUAAUACGAGUAUGAAAGACAAAAACAAGCAGGCCGAGGAGGGAGCUGUGAGAUAUCAGGACGAGAAGGAGCAGCAGAAGGACGUGAAGGAUAGCGACGAGAAAAAUCGUGACGAGAAGAAAGAGUAAAUUGUAGACAGACUGAAAUAGUGACUGUAGAUUUUAAUUCAAUAGCUCCGUUGUUCCAAG